GUCACCUCCUCUCUCGUUCUGUUAUCAUUCGAGUCCUCAUUCAUCUCCUCAAAUCACGCAUCUUGCUUUCCCAUCGUUGUUUCGUUCUCCUUUCUUGAUAAUACUCGUUCGGUGCGGUCAAUCAUGAAGACUACUACCGUGCUUGCAGCCGCCGCGCUGCUGGGCUCUGCCUCAGCCAAGGUGCACAAACUCAAGCUGGACAAAGUGCCGCUUAGCGAGCAAUUUGAAAAGCGCAACCUAAAUGACCAUGUACAGUCUCUAGGCCAGAAGUACAUGGGCAUCCGUCCCACGCACCGCGAGGAUAUGUACCAAGACACUUCCAUCAAACCUGAAGGCGGCCAUGACGUGCUGGUGGAUAACUUUUUGAAUGCCCAAUACUACUCAGAGAUUACCAUCGGCACACCUCCCCAGAGCUUCAAGGUCGUCCUCGACACCGGUAGCUCCAAUUUGUGGGUCCCGUCAUCCUCUUGUAGCUCGAUUGCUUGCUAUUUGCACAGCAAGUACGACUCCUCAGCCUCGUCUACUUACAAGAAGAACGGCUCUGAAUUCGCUAUCCAGUACGGUUCUGGCAGCCUGGAGGGCUUUGUAUCACAUGAUGUUGUCUCGAUUGGCGACCUGAAAAUCAAGGACCAGGAUUUCGCCGAGGCCACUAACGAGCCUGGCUUGGCGUUCGCCUUUGGCCGCUUCGAUGGCAUCCUUGGUCUCGGUUUUGAUACCAUCUCCGUCAACAAGAUUGUCCCACCCUUUUACAAUUUGCUAAAUCAGAAGGCUCUUGACGAGCCUGUCUUUGCCUUCUACCUUGGUGAUUCCACCAAGGAUGGCGAUGAUUCAGAAGCUACCUUCGGUGGUGUGGACAAGAGCCACUACACUGGAGAGCUAGUUAAGAUUCCUCUGCGGCGCAAGGCCUACUGGGAGGUGGACUUUGAUGCUAUUGCUUUUGGUGACAAUGUGGCCGAGCUUGAGAAUACCGGUGUAAUCUUGGACACCGGCACUUCUUUGAUUGCCCUUCCCUCUACUCUUGCUGAGCUUCUGAACAAGGAAAUUGGCGCCAAAAAGUCAUGGAACGGUCAGUACACUGUUGACUGCGAAAAGCGCGCCUCUUUGCCUGAUCUUACUGUCACCUUGACUGGUCACAACUUCUCCAUCACCGCAUACGAUUACAUCUUGGAAGUUCAAGGUUCCUGCAUCAGCGCCUUUAUGGGCAUGGACUUCCCCGAACCCGUUGGCCCUCUCGCCAUUCUCGGAGACGCUUUCCUCCGCAAGUGGUAUAGUGUUUAUGACCUGGGCAAAGGCGAGGUAGGUCUUGCCAAGGCCAAGUAAGUGAUGGAGAUAGCACGAUACCCGAAGUGUGGAUGGUCGCAUUAGAGAGUCGCAAUUUGAAUGGUCCAUAUUGUCUCUUGACAGAGCAGACAGUUUACAGGGAUCAACCUGUGUCACCCUAGCUUUCUUUAGUGUCUUCUACGUAUUGCUGUUUUACUGUGGCAAGGUCUCUACUACCAUGUAGAAUAUAUUAUUAUAAACGAUCCACCGAGAAUGCACUAUAUAUAUUGACAUUUCA